AUGAAUUACAUCAGAAUUGAACAGCAGCUUUCGAUAAACGUUUUGGAAAUUUUACUCGAAUUCCGAGGUUUUAAGUGCCAUCUUACGGCGUUACACUCAAUCGAGGAAACGCGUGACGACAGAAAAAAAUGGCCGGUCAACCGAUCGCCGAAUAGCUAUCUCCUCAAUUUAUUAUUUAUCUCUCAGCCCUGACGUCCGCCCUUUGGGUUGAUGAUGGGCAACAACCCGUUUCCUGCAACCUUAUCUCAUUAUGCAUCUGAAACAUUUUCUUGCAUACCUUCUUUGCGCCCUUCUUCUACUUAAUAUAUAUUGUUUGAAGAGCACGACGAAACUUCUUUUGGCCUUUUGCAACGUGGGACAUAUAGCAAAGUGAAUCUUUGUCGAACAGAUGAUAUCGCAUAUUUAGAACAUUAGUCGCCUCAAUACCAACAAUCCAAUAGCAUACCAGAUUAGAUUUUGCCUAGCGGCAAACACUUCAACCAUGUUGAAUUCAAAUAGCAAUCUUUUUUGGUUUUUACACACCGUAAACUAUUUAAAGUAUUCAGUUCGCCAAAUAAAAAUAAAUACAAAUACAUAAUAACGUGCAUGCAAGUAAUAACUAUGGGAAUUUUGACAAGGAAACGACGGAGGUGGGGAUUCGAAGGCUUCUAUCCCUUCCUUCUUUUUUCAGAGUGUUCUACGGCGAAAGAACAUGUCAAAGCUUUUCUUGCCAUGCCCAUGUGCUGCAAACGGAUUAGAACGUCGGCCAGUCUAAACUUUACGGGACACGAAGGCUCUUCUUUUGUUGAUAAGCUCUCGCAAGAAAAAGAAUAUUCGACAUGAUGAAGUGCAUUUGCACGAUUCAUACUCAACAUUUAGUCGACUGGAAAUAUUCGCAGUUUCAUUUGAAUGGAUCGAUCACAGGAAAAGAAGCUUGUCACUACCUUAUUUCUCAACGUAGUCAACUGUUUUGCAACCCCAUAAAUCAGCACCAACAGAAAAUUGGCAUUCUCUGCCAUGUUGAACAACAAAAUGGACUUUUCAAAGAACUAAUUCAACUUGAUCUGAUAUCCCCGGCGUCCAAAAUAUUCACUCGGGUGGCUUCUCUCGAAGACAUUAGAUUUUCAGUUGCGUACACACUCUCUGUUCGACUCGCUGUAGCUUGGAAUCCUGUCGGGAAAUGGUUUAUUCAUCGAGAGCAGCAAAAUUUUUUGGAUGUGGAAGACACAAGUGAGACGUUUCAGGCAGUCCAAUUUGAAAUACGCUUAUCAGGAUUCCUUAUUGAAGUGUGGGUCCGCGGUGGAGAACUGAAGCUGUAUCCGAUUUCACCCCACAAUUUAGUUAUGAACUUGGAGGAUCUCAUCCGUUUCAGAGAAGAUUCAAAUGCAAUCGUUAACUUUGAACCUAACCCUGAUCACCGCUUCUUCUACUUGCCAAAGGUUAGAGUCGGCACCUUAAUUUCAGUCAGUCGAAACCUGCCUGAAUCUUCUCCGUUUCGUAAUUACGCUGACCUGUGCAACUAUUGGCAGCAACAGUACGGGUACAACUUGCCAGAGGAGUCGACUGGAAUGGUAUACUUUAACGUGGCAUUUACAAACGUAGGACCGUCACGUAUCAUUUACACGUAUCCAUCUUGCUGCGUUUUUCUUGAGCCACCACUAUCAGUCCCGAUAUCCAAUAAGAAAUCACUUUCCAUCAUUCGGCAAUUUUGGAAUUUUUUGGAACCGCUUCUCGCUUGUUUUCCCGGACAAAUGAUGGUGCAGCCUUGGUUGACUAAUCCAUUUGUGAGAAUCCCGCUACAAGAAAAAUGCGCCGAAGACCUUAAACAGGAUGUCAAAAUGAAAGCUCUCAUUGGAUGUGAAGAACAGAUCGAAGGUACUUCAAAGUAUUUUCCACAGGCACCUAUUGAGAGUUUCACAAGAAAGCAAGAAAACAAGCCGUCCAACCCGAAAAAGACCCAAUUCAAAAAGAAAACAUCCGACUCCCCACGAAUGACCAACAGUACAAUCACACAAUACUUUUCUAAGCAAAAUCCGAACGUCAAGAUCCGCCGCACUGCCACCAAAGUCACGUUUAAACCGAUGUGAUCGCGUUAAGAGAAUAAGGAGGUUCAUUAAGAAGCCUGAAAGUCAUUAUAUCGUAUAACCGGCCUUUAAUUGUUACAUGGUACCAUGUAGUAUCACCCUGGAGUUAUUUAAGGGGUAUUAACGC